GAUGCUGGGAGCGACAGUACAAUACAGCCAGAGCCAGACACAGGAGAUCGCUCCGGUGCUUCGAGACACAGAGAGUGCUCUUGUCUACCUAAUGCUCCAAGUCUCACCAUAGCCUAAAGGGAACCUCAGACUCCUCUCCGGAGCACACCGCCAGUUGGGAUAUCGAUCAAUACCAGGUUACCAGCAUGAAGAACGUGGAGGACCGAGCACAUCCGCGCCCUGGAAACAGGCCCGCGCUUGCUACUCAGUACUAUACUGCUCUCGCCGCCACCAUGGGAGGCCUUGCCAUGGGAGUCAUUGUUGGCUACUCCUCACCUGCUGGACCACUCCUGCUAGGCAGCACUUCCGACGGGUAUCCUGCUGGACCACUCCUGGGAAAUAUUACCGACAGGCCUCACACGACGACCUCCUCUGAUGUCCAGCCACAAAACAGGACCACGACGGAGACGCUGCAGCUGAGCCAGGAGGAGUACAACUGGUUCUCAUCGUCGGUGAACAUAGGAGGCGCUGCAGGAGGGUUGGUGGGUGGCGUGAUGAUCAGCACACUGGGCAGGAGAGCCACCAUGAUGCUCUCAGUGUUGCCAUACCUGGCAGGGUGGGCGCUCAUUGCUGGGGGCCAAAAUGUGUUGAUGCUGGUGGCGGGUCGAGUGAUCACUGGCGUGUGUAUGGGCGUGACCUGCACAGCUGUGCCAACCUACAUAGGUGAAUUUGCCUCCGCUGACAUCAGAGGCACUCUGGGAAGUGGGUUCCAGGUGAUGGUGACAUUGGGUAUUCUGCUAGUGUAUGUUGUCGGCGCCGCCCUCUGCUCCUGGCGCUGGCUGGCUGUCGUCUGCACCAUCCCAACGCUAAUAUACAUCCUAAUGCUUGCCUUCACCAAGGAAUCGCCAAGUUUUCUCCUCUCUCAAGGCAGAGAUGAGGAGGCGAAGGCGUCUCUACAGUACUUCCGAGGUGGCCACUAUAACGUGCAGGAGGAGCUGUCUAUGAUCAAGGGAGCCGUGGCGGAAGCUAAGCUUAAGAAAGCUUCACUUCGGGAGAUGGCGAAGCCGCAUAACUUGAAGCCUCUUGUCAUCUGCCUUGCCAUACUCUUCUUCGCUCAGUCCUCGGGAAUCACUCCUCUUCUCUUUAACAUGGCAAUCGUUUUUAAGGACUCUGGGAGCAGUGUGACAGAGAACGCGAGCGUGGCCAUCAUCGCCGGGGUCCAGGUGUUGGCAACUGUGGUGGGUGCUUUACUGAUGGACCAGGCUGGCCGGAGGCUCCUUCUUGCUGUCUCGUCCGCCCUCAUGUCCCUCUGUAUGGUGAGCUUGGGCGGUUACUGCUACAUGAAGGAGAUUGAUGCCGUGUGGACUGUGGAGGUGCUGGGCUGGUUACCGUUGGUCGCCCUUGUCGUCUUCAUCGCCGCAUAUUCCGUCGGAUUUGGCCCUACCGUCUGGGUCCUCAUGGGUGAAUUGUUCUCUCCGGAAGUGAAGGAUGCAUCGGCCAGUCUGGCGAUGAUGGUGAACUGGACUGCCUCCUUCAUCGUCACCCUCACCUUUCUCCCCCUGCAGACGGCUCUUGGAGACUACAGCGCGUACUGGCUCUUCGGCGGGAUGUGUCUGGCGGCCCUUGUCUUUACCAUCCUACUGGUGCCGGAGACUAAAGGGAAAACAUUGCAGGAAAUCACUGCACACUUCGGGGGCCCGGCAGCACAGGACAGCCAUUGCCAGCAGCCCCGAGAGUCACUACCACUGGUGUAGGCCUACUUGAACAUAUUUUAUUUAAAUUAGUUAGAUUUGUGGACUUUUUUUCAAAUAAUAUGUAAUACAUUAUUUCAAUGUUAAAGGUCAAGUUUGUUAACAGUCAUCUUCAGAUGUACUUAUUUUAAUCAAAUAUUCACAGUGUCAUUUAGAAUAAGUGGGUUAGGAUUGGAGAACAGGAAGGUUGUGUCAUCAGCAAAUAGAAGAGGCUUCAGGUGUUGAGAGAUAUUUGAAUUUACCUGAAUUUGGUAGGUCAUUGAUGUAAAUGAGAAACAGGAGUGGACCAAGUAUACGACCCUGUGGAACGCUAAUGUUAAUUGGCAGUGUGGGAAAAGUAGCAUUGUUUACAGAGAUAUACUGGUGCCUGCAAGUAUUGUAGGGAGCGACUUUUGGUUACACCAUGGAACCAGAAGUUCCAUAGUGUAACUAUGGAACUAUGUUCAGCUCAGUUCUUUGAUCCUAAUAUCUGAGAAAUAGUGUUCCAUAUUUUGUUCAUGUUACCUUUAUAUGAUUAAAACAAAUUCAUUGAAGCUUGUUUCGGAUCUUCUUAUUAUCUUAUUUAAGAUUGAAGAGAUCCUCUUACACAACUCCUUGGAAAUGACCCCUAUCCUAUAUUUCCUCAUAUUCUUGCUUCUUAUAGAUAGAUUUAAGUAUGCCCUUAGUAAGUCAUGGGGCUAUUUAUACUUUUGAUACGUGUUACGGCCCUCUCGGGACGCAACGGGGUUCUUACUCUGAUGUAGUUAGAGGAAGAUAUAUAUCCGGCCCCAAGCCAGUAGAGGCUAUCAAGGGAUG